GCUGUCCCGCCGUCUUCCAUUCUCUUUCACCAUAUCGAGGCCGGAUCCUCUUCACGCCCUUAGUCUUUCUUUCUUACGCCUUCAGCCUCUUCCUUUCUCACUUAUACCGAGGUCAUCAUGUUCUUCUCCAAGUCCGUCAUCGCCGCCGCCAUCGUCCUCUUCUCCGUCUCGAUGGAGGUCAGCGCGCACGCCGCGAUUACGCCCGUACUCGGUGUCAACGGCAAGCCCACUCGUAAUGACGUCCAGCGGCCUACGAACGAAAAGCCCUGCGGCAACACCAAUAUUGCUCAGAAGCUCGACAGCUCGAGCGUUAUCACGUUGAAGGCGGACAAGUCGUUCGACGCUACCAUCACCAACUUCAACACUGGUGUCGAUGGCUCUCGCGAAAUCGUCUCUGCUCUGGUCGACGUCACCGGCACCGGCAAGAAGUUCACGAAGGCGACCGUCAAGAAGAAUGGCACCAAGAACCCGACCAACGUCGGCCCGGAGGAGCUCAUCAUUCAGCUGCCGUCCGCGUGCCAGGGCGGUAAGAGCAAGAACAAGUGUCUCGUCUCGCUCAAGACCGCCGGUGGCUUCGGGAACUGCGUUGUUGUUCAGAACUCGCCGAAGAAGCGUGAGGAUGGAGCUGUCGGAACCCGGGCUGCUCGUGCUGCGCGCAUUGCACUCGAGGACCUCGACUGAGCGAACCGUUUUGACUUGUAUAUGCGAAUCUCCGGGGUUUUGAGGGCUAAUUCAUCACUGUUACUACUGAAUCGACUAUGCAUCGUCGUGCUAGAAUCACUCA